UCUGUUGCUUCCCCUGCUUUAGCUUCAACUCUAGCUCUAAGCCCCUAAAGCCCCCUUGUACACCUAGCUUUAUUGAUCUAGUCCUAUUUGUGACAAAAAAGAGCCAUGUCUAGUUCGAGCAAGAAGAGUCCAAGAAGUUCCAGUGAUGAAGAUAAUUCUCAUGAGAUCAGAAGGGGGCCAUGGACUCUUGAAGAAGACACUAUUCUCACCAAAUAUAUUUCUUGUCACGGUGAGAGACACUGGAAUUUGCUAGCGAAAUGUUCAGGUCUAAGAAGAACUGGCAAGAGUUGUAGAUUGAGAUGGCUGAAUUAUCUUAAACCGGAUGUUAAGCGCGGAAAUCUUACCCCACAGGAACAGCUCUUGAUUCUCGAACUCCAUUCCAAGUGGGGCAACAGGUGGUCAAAGAUUGCACAGCAUUUACCGGGCAGGACAGACAAUGAAAUCAAGAACUAUUGGAGAACUCGGGUGCAAAAACAGGCCCGACAUCUGAAGAUGGAUUCAAAUAGUGCUGCGUUUCAAGAAAUGAUUCGGUGCAUUUGGAUGCCGCGGCUGCUCCAAAAGAUGCAACUGUCGUCCCCUUCUUCAUCCAUUUUAUCUCAAAACUCGGCCAUCAAUCCCCCUCCGAUCAUCACACAAUUACCAUCAUCUCUGCCAGAAGUUUCCCUGAAUGGGCAUGUUCUUAGAUGUAGUGAUACAAGCUCAGAACAAUCCACUAGCCCAAGUAUUACCUCUUCAGGAUCCAUGAAUUUCCCACAUAACCCUCAAAUGUUUUCAGAAUACCCCAGUAAUCCAUUCUUAGAUAUGGGUAACAACGACCUCGACGCAUUUCUGAAGGGUUGUUACAAUGUGGAUAAUUGUUUGAGCAAUGACACGGGAAAUUUCAUGGCAUCUAUGGAACCACCAGAGGAGUUUGAAGAGCCAAUUCGAGGUUGCCAAGUGGAUGAAAACAAUUGGACUAAUGGGAUUAACUUGGCAGAUAGCUUGUGGAACAUGGAUGAAUCAUGGAAGUUUAGGCAGCUACAAGAGAGGGACGCCUAGGGUUAUUCUCGUUCAUAGGAUAACCCGCAUAGGGUAGAGCGUUUUUAUUUUUUUAACCAUUAAUCUUCUUGAAAAUACUUGGGAAAGAACAAAAGCAAUCGUUGAUUUUUGUGUUGGCAUACAAUACUUGCACCUACUGGGAGAUGAUAUCAGUGAAUUUGAGUUUCUUUUUCAUUUCAACUGUGAAGAAUUGCAUUCUCGCAAAAAAUAUACUGA